CCUGUUUGUUACUGAACCGAAGACAAUAAAAUAGUUUGUGCAUAGAUGUCAACGCGGAAAGUUGGAUCAGCAGUUAAUGACAAUUUAACCAAUUUUCACACAAUACGAAAAUUUGGAAGAUAUGGAAAGAUUAUCUUUGAGUGAUUACGAGGCGGUGAAGAUACCAGUACCUUGGGGUCACAUCUCGGGUCGUUGGUACGGCAAUCGAAAGGAGCGACCCAUCCUUGCGAUUCACGGGUGGCUGGACAACCUGGGCACCUUCGAUCGGCUGAUUCCCCUUCUGCCCGAUUAUAUAGGGGUUCUCUGUAUCGAUCUGCCGGGACAUGGAAGGUCCUCGCACCUGCAACCGGGAAUGUGCUACAGCGUCUACGACUACGUCUUUGUAAUACCACUCGUGAUGAAGGAGUACGGAUGGUCGAAGGUCUCUCUAAUGGGUCACUCAUUAGGCGGAGUUCUGAGCUUCAUUUACGCCUCCCUAGCCCCUCACACCGUGGAUAUGAUUGUCUCCCUGGACAUUUUGCUGCCGUUGCGAAACGAUAUAGACUACAUGGCCUUGAGUAUUGAGAAGCAGCUCCUGGAUGUUGAGCGGCAGAAGCUGGGAAAUUAUAGUGAACCGCCCUCUUACACUCACUCGGAGCUGGGAAAGGUCCUGGCGAAGGGCAGCUUUAAUUCCGUAUCCCCAGAACUUGCUAAGCACCUGCUUCACCGCCAGUUAGCCAAGUCGAAGCUAUACCCCGAAAGGUUCUACUUCUCCAGGGAUAUAAGAGUCAAAUACUACCACUAUAUAGACAUCGACCAGGCUCUUGGGGCAGAGAUGGCAAGACGGAUUCGCAAGAAACCAUACUUGAUCAUCAAGGGCUCCUUGUCGCCAUAUCUCGCGUCCCACAGCUAUGAAGCUAUCUCCAUUCUGGCCGAGGAUAACCCACACUUUGAGUUUCACGAGGUGGAGAACGGCACCCACCACCUCCACCUCCAUGCCGCCGAGGAGUGCGCCGGUUAUAUUGUGCCCUUCAUCCAGCACCAUCGCCCUCCUGCCUUGACCUCCUGGACUCUCUCUGCAAAAGAGGACAAACCCAUCCUAAGGAACCGAAAAGGAUUCUUCGUUUGGAACAAGAAAAAAAGGAGCAAGUUGUAAGACAUGGACGGUGCAAAGUUCAGUUUCGUUUAGAAGUAUAACUACAAGUAUAGCUCUUCCCUAUCUUGAAAAUUAUCAUUGAUAAUAACUCUGUUUUAACCAUUAAGCCCUUACAUUAUUUGAUAUGUUUUGAUAGGCUCUGUAUUCAAACCAUUUAAAGUAUUACUUUCCAUUUCGUUUUGACAAUAAUGUACCUUUACAUAAGCCACUUCAAUAAAGCAUAAACU